GAAUGGCAGCAUCACUACCGCCUCUGCCGGAGAUUGAGAGAUUGAGUAGUAGAGUGAUACGAAUCCUCGGCGGGAAUCCCGGGAAGUUCACUCUCCAAGGCACAAACACCUACCUCAUCGGCCAAGGCCCGAAGCGCAUCCUGCUCGACACAGGCGAGGGCAAGCCCGCAUGGAUCCAAUCCAUCAAAUCCCUCCUCGCCUCCGAAAACAUCCAAAUCGACCGCGCAAUCCUCACCCACUGGCACGCCGACCACGUCGGCGGCAUCACCGACCUCCGCGCCCUCUCCCCGCACACCCUCUUCUACAAGAACCAGCCAGACCCAGGCCAAACAAACUACACCGACGGCCAAACAUUCAAGACCGACGGCGCCACCCUGCGCGCCUUCCACUGCCCCGGCCACACAGCAGACCACAUGGCCUUCAUCCUCGAGGAGGAGGACGCCAUGUUCACGGGCGACAACGUCCUCGGCCACGGCACCGCCGUCUUCGAGGACCUCGCCGCCUACAUGGACAGUCUGGAGCGCAUGGCCGGCCAAUUCCACGGCCGCGCCUAUCCUGGCCACGGCCCGGUCAUUGACGACGGCAGGGCAAAGGUGCUGGAGUAUAUCGCGCACCGCAAGCAGCGCGAGAAUCAGAUUGUCGAGGUGCUGGGAAGGGAGAAGGAAGGGGCAGUGGUGCCGUCGCGGUGGGGGUCGAUGGAGAUGGUCAAGGUUAUCUACAGGGACUAUCCGGAGAAUCUGCAUGAGCCGGCGGAGAAGGGCGUGGUGCAGGUGCUGGAGAAGUUGGCGCGGGAUGGCCGGGUGGCUCGUGAUGAGGCGUCCGGUGCGUGGAGUUUGCUGCCGAAGUCGACGUUGUAGUGCUGUUAGUUGUCAAUUUAUUCAUAUCACUGUGAG